GUGAAUCGGUGGUGCAAUUUAAAACGCUCUCUUUCCUUAUAAGUAAAAUAUGUUUCAUGUUUUUGUCUAUAAAACCCCAACUCUUGGGUUUUGGCGGCUACCCCCUUCUUCAAGCCUCUCUCUCUUUCCUCUUUUUCUUGCCCGAAAAUCCCCCCACCUCUUAAAUACUCUUCCCUUUAAAUCUUAGGGUUAUUGUCUCUUUCUCUCUUCUUCCUAAUCCGAAUCGUUAAUCCAUCUCAUCAUUAUCGUCAUGGCAGCUGUUGCUUCUCCUUCUGAUCAGGUUUCAGGUAUGCUGGAGAAUUUGUCAUUAGAUUCUCAGACCAAAACUAUUGAAAUUCCUGAACCGGCAAAGAAGCUCUCUACUAGUCAAUAUGGAUCAAGUGACUUGGCUACUAAUACAGCCAAGCCAUUAAAUCGGUCUACCACCCAUCUUCAUGUAGACCAAAACGCGUACUAUUAUCCUAGUGGGUACCCAUCGCCUGCCUACUGUUAUGGAGGUUAUGAUGGGCAUGAUAAUGGGUGGAACGACUACUCUAGAUAUGUUAAUCAUGAUGAGGGCAUUUAUGGCAAUAACGAGACCGCUAUGUAUCCUCAAGGCUAUGGUUAUACAUCUUUUGGAACAUACCCCUCAGUAGAUUCAACUGUCCCUACCAUGGGAAAUGAUGGCCAGCUAUAUGGAACAGAGCAUUAUCAGUACCCUAGUCCUUUUUACCAGGCUCCAAUUGCAAAUGGCACACUUUAUACUCACAACAGAGGCAGUGUUUCCCAAACAGAGGCUCCCGCUUCAGCUGCAGUGGAUAAAGGGGCUUUGUCUGUAGUGACAGCUGCAGGAAACCCAAAUACUACAUUAAACGGUGGGAGUUUAAACAGAAGUAAUGGACCAAAGCCUUUCAGACCAACUAAUCAAAAGUCUUCUUCAAAUUUUAACAAUUCCUACAAAAGGGGAGGCUUACCAGCUGGAUUCACUCCAGCUUAUCAUGGAUAUGAUCAAUAUCAGUCACCAAUGCCUUGGUUGGAUGCCUCUAUGUUCUCAAAUGGGCCAGCUGGACAUGCAAUCAACAAUGGAUUCUCUUCAUCUUUGAAUUUGCAUCCUACAAGACCAAUGCCUGUCUUUGGGCAAGCUCCAGGAGCUAUGAACUUGAUGUACCCUAACAACAGAAUGUAUGGCCAAUAUGGAUACAGAGCCGGUGCAAGUUUUGGAUCCAUUGGUGGUAAUUCAUGGACAAAUGGACGUGAUUGGGUGGUUGUUGAUAAUAAAUAUAAACCUAAGAACCGUGGUUAUGGCAAUGAGAACAUAGAUGGUUUAAGUGAGUUGAAUAGAGGACCUAGGGCCAAGGGCUUUAAGAACCAAACAGAUUUUGGUUCUCAGGGGCAGAACCUUCCACUGGCCGAGAAUAAUAAAGAGGAUAAUUUGCUGCAAAUGCCGGAUAAGGAACAGUACAACAGGGAGGAUUUUCCUGAGGAUUACUCAAAAGCAAAAUUCUUUGUUAUUAAAUCAUACAGUGAGGAUGAUGUUCAUAAAAGCAUCAAAUAUGGUGUAUGGGCAAGCACACCUAAUGGGAAUAAGAAGCUGGAUGCAGCUUACAAUGAAGCCAAGGAAAAUCCUGGCACCUAUCCUGUAUUUCUACUAUUCUCUGUCAACACUAGUGGACAAUUUGUUGGUUUGGCGGAGAUGAAGGGGUCAGUUGAUUUUAACAAAACUGUGGAGUAUUGGCAACAGGAGAAGUGGAUUGGUUGCUUCCCUGUGAAGUGGCAUAUAAUUAAGGAUGUACCAAAUAGUUCUUUGAGGCACAUAACGCUUGAAAACAAUGAGAACAAGCCUGUCACUAAUAGUAGGGAUACACAAGAGGUGAUUCUCGAGAAAGGUAUUCAGAUUCUUAAAAUUUUUAAGGGUCAUAAAGGCAAGACAUCCAUCUUGGAUGAUUUUGGGUUUUAUGCAGCUCGUGAAAGGAUUAUGCAGGAGAAAAGGGCUAAGCAAAAGAUUCAAAAACAGGUUUCGGAUGGGAAGCGUGAGGAUGAUUUGGCAAAUAAUAAAGAGAAAUUUGCAAGUGUGGGAAAAGAGAAUUCACAAAAAUCAAUGGAUAGUGUAUUGAGGGAAUCAACAGGUGCAGCAUCCGUUGAAGUGGGGAAGAUGAACGGAGAGUUGAAGCUGCUAGAAGAGAAUGGAUCAAAUUCAGCAGUUGAUAACUCCCCCAAAAUUGCCAAGCAUGUUGCGUCAUCUGAAAAUAAAGCAGUUCCUUAGUGUGUCUGCAAGUGCCUGCUAAUUUUUGGUGUUAAAAAUUCCAUUUUAGGGUAGAAUUAUAGGGUAGUUGUAAUGAGUGGGUUUCAUAAUACUGAUAGUGAAUCUGCUAAUUAACUAUCAGCAUUCACAUAGGUUAGGUAAUGGAUUUGGUGGUUUGAAACCAAAAGAAAGACCUCUUUGUUCUUUUGUAGUAUGGCCUGCUCAAAGACCUUCAAAGAUCUUUCUCUUCUAAUUGUUAGUUUUAUGUCUCUUCUGUAGCCUUCUUUUGAUGAUUGGAAGUAAUUUUCAUAUUUGAGUGCA